AGUUAUCUUAAAUGUGGCGGCGGGAACGCGGUGCCUACGGCCGCCUGGGCAGUUAGGAGGGUGGCUGAGAAGAUGGCGAACAGUUACAGCUCGGACAGCGAGCCCACGACGCGUACGCUGUUGCGGCAAGUGCUAGACACAGCCGACUCUUGUACCCCACGGCGACGCCGGAGUGCUCGGAUUAGUGCCCAGAGAGCCCUGCUUGAAACACCUUCUCCCAGGACGUGGAGUAGCCAAACAAAGGCAACUGCCAGGCAGCGUUCUCGUGGAGCCAGAUCUACUGGCAGAUUGGUGCAUGGUCAAGCCAGUGGGCAUCUGGAGGAACAGACACCCCGGACUCUGCUGAAGAACAUCCUACUAACUGCCCAGGAAUCUUCUAUUGUGAUGCCAGAGAGAAUGACGAAGCCAGCACCAGCAUCCCAAGUGGCACAGCCCUCCAGACGGGAAAGCAGUAGGGGCAGCCUAGAACUUCAGCUUCCUGAACUUGAGCCCCCACAAGCCCUGGCUCCAGUUCUGUUGGCCUCUGGCAGGAGGAAACAGAGAGUGAGGUUGUCAGUAUUUCAGCAGGAAGUGGACCGGGGACCCUUGGGGCUGCCUCUCUCCCAAGAGCCUCCUGGGAAUCCUGAUGCCUCAUCCCUCACCAGUUCCCUCAACCUGACCUUUGCUACACCUCUUCAGCCACAGUCAGUGAGGAGACCUGGGUUAGCCCGAAGACCUCCCACCCGCCGCACUGUAGAUGUGGGUGCCCUUUUGCAGGAUCUACAAGAUAAUUCCCUGGCCUCAGUUCCUCUAGGUGACAGCCUCAGAACUCCUGUUGCUACUCUGCCGACAGACACUGUGUUAGAGGAUACCCAGCCUUUUUCACAGCCCUUGGUUGGCCACUCCCUCAGUGUGUAUCAGUCCCUGCCAUGUCCUCACCCUGGGCCUAAAGACACUGAGAGGGCUGUGCAUCACAGGACAAAGAACAACAUGCCUGAGCUGCAGAACCACAUGAGUGAGGCUGACUUUGCUACUCCAUCUUUACCCUUCUUGGAGACACAACCUAGACUUUAUGCUCCUCCAGCGAUAACAGAAACAGAGAGAUCCCAGAGGGCUGUGGAGCCUGAAAAGCCAGAAGGAUCUUCAGGGGAUGAGGACAUCUCUGAGAGGCCAGCAAGCCCAGAAUCGGUGUCCAACAUCCCUGAGUUUCUUCAGGCCAAACAACUGGAUCAGUUUCUUGAGCCAGCCCCAUCGCCUGAUGUUGCAGUCUUGUCUUCAGAGCCUCCAGAGCCUGUGUUGGCCAGAGUUCCCUCCAAGCCCCAAAGUGCUGGUCCCAGACCCCGUCAAGAUCCCCAUAAGGCUGGACUGACCUACUAUACAAAACUCUUCAGCUUUUACACUAAGAUGCCUAUGGAGAGGAAAGCUCUUGAGACGGUGGAGAAGUGUCUCUUCUACCCCAACCUUCUUGGCAGCCUGGAUAAGUACUUGGAGCACCUUUGCAAUGACCUGGAAGUAUUUGCUGCUCAUGCUGGCCGCAAGACUGUGAAGCCUGAGGACCUGGAGUUGUUGAUGCGACGGCAGGGCCUGGUCACUGACCAAGUCUCAUUACACCUGCUUGUGGAACGACACCUGCCCCUGGAGUACCGGCAGCUGCUCAUCCCCUGUGCGUUCAGUGGAAAUUCUGUCUUCCCUGCCCAAUAGUGGCCCAGCCUCGAUGCUUGCCUUCUCCCCACCUGGGACCUCUUGGCCCCAGCUAAUCCUUCAGGUCUUAUCCUCAUCUACCAUCAAUAAAGUAUCACAAGCACAGUAGUCUGCUUUUAGG